AUGUCUUUGCCAAACACAACAUUUUUUGCCGGCGGCCAUGUCAUCGAGCCGGUUCAUUUAAAUCGUACAUGGAAUACGACGACAGUCAAUCAGUUGCUGGGCCUUCCAGGGAUGUUCUCGACUUAUGAUCGUGGACAGCUACUCCGACUGCGCGGGAUAGCAAUUACGUCAUCAUCAAUGUCGAUUUUGGCUGGUUUUGCCGGAUUGUACUGCGUUUUAUGCAUCGAUCGGCGACGGAAGGUAUUUCGGCAUCAAUUGAUUUUAUUUCUCAUCUCUUGUGACUUUCUCAAGGCACUGGUGCUCUUGAUAUAUCCCGUCGCAAUUUUGAUCCGUAACCAAGUUUACGGGUAUCCUGCGUUUUACAACACGCUCGGAUGGAUGACUGCUUUUACCAUCGAAGGUGCUGACUUUGCAAUAGCUAUCUUCGCCAUUCAUUUUGCUCUCCUCAUUUUCAUGCCCUCUUGGAAAUGGCAGAACAACGCAAGUGAGAAUAUGGAGGGCGGUUUGUUCCGCGUACGAAGGUACCUAUAUCCUGCAACAUUUAUGCUCCCAACAAUACUUGCAAGUCUUGCCUUUGUGGGCUUCAAUACAUUUAUACCUGUGAAUUUGAACGACCGCGUUAUUCUGAACAAUAACAAUUACGAUUUCCCUUACCAGGCUAGAGAGGGUGGUUACAAAGCGAUGAGUGCAUGGUGCUACUUACCACCACACCCUCUGUGGUAUCGUAUCGUGUUGAGUUGGGGCCCACGCUAUUUCAUUAUUGUGCUUAUUUUCACGAUAUACAUCAGCAUCUACAUUUUUGUUUCAAGAGAAAAUCGCAAGAUCAAAAACCAGAUCGGCUCGUUCAGACACAACGAUAGCGUGGAUAUCCAUCGCAUUCUCCAUUAUAGAGGGAAAUUUUUGAGCGCAGGGCAAAAGUUUCGCAUAUACCUCAAAUACUUCUGCAAAAAAACAGGCUUAAGAAGAUUUUAUCGAACUCUUCACAAUUUCUUCUUCUUUUCUUUUGACGAGGACCAGGAAGAAGAUGCUCAAAAACUAAGUGAAGAUGGGCAGGUAGGACCCCUUGCUCAAGUUUUAAGUAAUCAGGGUGUGUUGCAAGCAAGUCCUUCUCAGACACGAAGGACUUCAACCAAGAUACCGAAGUCAAAACUAUCAGCGGGCGGCUCCAACUCCUUCUCCUAUCACUUCAAGAAACGGAACUCCCAUUUUUCAAAUACGAGCCCCCGCACGCCCAUGUGUCGUGGUAAGAUUUCAAAACCGACUGCAAAUGGUAGCAGCAUGGAGCAAGGAAGGGCGCAAGACUACUUUUCCCAUGCGCCAAGUACCGGAAAUUCACCCAUCUCGAAGAGUCGUCACUUGAAUAAGAAUCGCUCAAAAAAUUCAGUAAAUUCUAACAAGCGUGAUACCAAAUCCUCAUUGCCUAAAGACGAUGCUUCGGGUAGCGACGCGGGCUCUCCAUCACUCCCCGAACUAGCGAGCUCAGGAAACGAAAUGUUGCCAACUCUUCCUCUCAAAAACAGCCCGCUUGAAGAAAAAAGUCAAUUUCAAUCGGGUCAGAAAGCUUCUAACUUUGCUGUCGGCGGGUCGGAUCAUGUUUUAGGACUUCAACACAAUUUCCAAUCUGAAACGUAUCAAGAGUUUAAGAAAAGACGGGCUCAAAUCCAGAGACAGCUAAGGUCUAUCUUCAUUUAUCCGUUCUCCUACGUCGUGAUUUGGAGUUUCCCUUUCGCCGUGGACGUUAUUCAGUAUAACUACGAAAUUAUACACGGUCCGGUGAUAUGGCUCGAGUAUAUCGCAACUUUUAUGCAGCCACUCAGCUGUUUCGUCGACGUUUUAGUGUUUUUAUACCGGGAACGGCCUUGGAGGCAUUCUUGGGCAUCUAUCACUACAAAGGAGCUCUACGGUACCUAUGCUUUUAAGGGUGAGAUAGGUGAAAAGCCCAUUCGCGAAAUGUGCAACUGCGAAAUGGGCAAGAAGGGCUGGUACUAUAGAGGCAGGUGGUCCAAGCUGGAAUGUUGGCGAAACAAACCUCAGAGAUGGAAGAGGAUUGCUUGGUUCUGCUACCGUUUCGCCAAGGGUUGUUGGCGAAAACAUUUUGAUUUUGAAGACAGGUGCAAUGAUGCGGCGUAUUGGGACGAUUACUAUCUGGGCAACCAAAAAAAUACUCACCUCACACACAGCUCAAAACUCAGCUGUGCUGAGGCCUUCAAAGAAGUACUGGACGUAGACAACAGCAGGCGAGACUCUUAUGUCUCUAGUUCCACAGGGGAAGAAUUAUACGAGAACCAGGGGUAUGUUCGCAUUCCACUCAAAUGGCGAAUUGUGCAUUUUUUACCCAUGCUCAACGGCGUGGAUCUGGAUCAGCUCGACUAUGAUCUACGCACCAGUCAGCGUGACUGGGGUUGUGAUAUCCCAGGUAUGGGUGUGGCACUGCAAAACUUAUCGGAAAAAAAGACUCAAGUGAGCGGCGAGUCAUUUUUCAAGCCGGACUACGAUAUGGCGAGAUCCAGGUCUGAUCCAGAAGAACCAUCAGACGUUGCGCCUCUUCCACACGCACAUCUCAGUAAGGCACGACACAGUUCUUCACGCUUGUCGGAAAACACCCAAAACACACAGUCUCCAUUGCACAGUUUAGUUUCGGAACCAGUUACUGGUCAAAGACGGGUAUCGGUAAUAAAUGCUAGUGAUGAUCGUGGCUUACGUACGAUCCGCAAUGACUCUGGCUCUGCUAGCAGUAGCCAAAAUUCGGAUGAGGGCAAUGUUUCUGGGAAAAGGAUGGAUCUCUUGGAUUUUUUGAAUGGUUGA